CAGUGUUUCGUUUUGUUUUUUAUCAUAAAUUGUCUAUGUCAGGUCCUGGGGUUAGCAGUGGUGGAUUCCUGGAAGCUGAGAUGAUCUGUUCUUCCUUGGCAGCAGGAGGGAGGGAGGAGGAGAUCAAAUGCCUGAUAAAUACCUUCUGAGUGGCUUAAUCUUAUUCAUUGUCCAGAAAAAAGGUGAUUGGCAAUGGAAACAGAAGCCCAAAACCAAAGCUGAAGCACCUCAAGAGCCAGACUCUUCGGAGGAGUGGGAGGAGAGGAAGUACCUAGUGGCUCAGAGGGAUCCACACAGUUUAACCCACAGGAGGUAGACGACAUAGGCACCAAAACUAAUGAUUCUCCAGUGAACACACUGGAAACUCUGGAGGAAGAACAGCUAAACACUCUGCAUCUUCAAAAUCAAGAGGAAAUAUCAAAAUACCAGGUUGCCAAGUCAGACAAUAAACAAAAACAAAAAAUGAAGAAAAUAACUAGGGAUCACUUACAUAAAUCUUCCCACUGCCUUAGGGAAGAAAAUUUAAGGUGUUCACCUAGAGAACAGAGAACUGGAACAUUAUUAGGUGAUGAUGAAUAUGAAUACAGUUUGUUUUUUGAGCGUAACUCCUUGGAGAUUACGAUAAUUAAAGGUCAGCCUCUUGAAAAUAAAGACCACCACGGUUCUAGUGAAUCUCGUUCCAGAUUAUCUGGGAGAGGCGAUGGCAGAAAACUUAAGAUCUAUGAAACAGAUGCAUUUUUUGACUAUCUUUUCAAUUAUUAUGAAGCUCCACAAUAUACUCGUAUCUGCCUAGAGACAAGUCCUGCAGCAGGCACACGUCAGUGGCAGAGGGAUGUCCAGGCUAAGGGAGAUGGAUUUCAGAUUAGUUUGAGAAAGUGUAGGCACCACUCAAUCAAUUCGAGCCAAGUGGAAAACCUGGAAAGGGAAAAACAGGUUCAAGAAGAUGAUUACUCAUCAAAGAUUUGUACUCAGGAUCGUGAGCAUAAACAAGGAAAUGUGGAUUAUGCUAGAGAAUGUGCUAAUGGGUUUAAUACUCAUUACCAGGAGACAGCCCAUGAAGCUGGUGAUCAGCUGUCCCCAACUGAUGGAAACAGCUGUCUGUUAGAAAAGACUCAAACUUACCAUAUUGAAUAUUCCAAAUCCACAAGGAAAAGCCAAGUGUCUCCACCCCAGAGGUCAACAGGCUUAGGUUUACAGUUGACAGAUUUCUUAGAGGAUAUUAGUAGUGAUUCUGAAUGCUUCAGUGAAACCCUUAGCAUAAACAAAGAGGAGGAGACAUCUGUGGCCACAUUUAAUAGUUUCUCAGAAAAAGAACCUCUUUAUACUGACAAAAUGAUCACUUGCAAACAAGAUACAUGGUCAAGUCAGCAGACCUGUUUUUCAAAGUGGAAGCGUGAUGGUGAGGAAAAAUACUCUAAUUACAAGUUUAGGACCCCAGGCAGGAAGUUUAGGUAUGAACCAAGAUGGAGAUUUUCAUGGCAUAGGGGUGAAAGUAAUUUCAUUAGACAUGAAAACAACAAUGGCCAAAUGAAAAAACAGCUAGCCCCUAAAUACUCGUUUGAUGAAGGCUACUACCAGGAACCCUGUUCCUAUUAUCUAUUAGAGGAUGUUACAAGAAAGAGGAUGAGGUUUAGUGAUAGUAUGUUUGACCAGCAAGUGAACUACGGGCCCUUUCAGGUGCCUGUAGCAUCAUCAAUAAGUGCUAGCUCUUUCUAUUUUGGUGAUUUUCGCAGAAGAAGGACUCCUUGGAAGUCAGAAUAUAACCAGAAUGCAAGAAAGUUUAGAGGAGCUAACUAUUUCAAGUUCAAUUCUAAUUAUAGCAGACAUAAUGAUCAAGAGUAUUUUGACUAUGGAAGCUAUUCAGGAAAUAACUAUACUGGUCCUUUAAAUUUUAAGUUUUUUGAUGGCCACUUAGGUCAAGAGUAUCCUUUUUCACAAUAAACAUGUUACAAGAAGAAAAUUUAAAACCAAAUAUAGCCAUAUAAUUAACAACUACAGAGCAAGAGAGCAGCAUUUAAAAGCUUCAAAACCUGGGUGUUUUAUAUUUCCAAAGCUUGCCAACACACCUGGAGCCAUUUUGACCUAUGCUUUAAAUUUUGGCAAGAGAAAUAAUGUUUUCUAUUUGACUCUGCUGAAGCUUUUAAAUGCUGCUUGAUCCAAGGACAGACAUUUCUACAGUUCAACUAAAAAUUUAAUUCUGUGCCAGUCAAGGAGCAGAUUAACAUUGAGAGGGGUUGAGAUGGCCCUCUGUGGUUUCUUAGCUAUUAUAACAUCAUCAUUUAGUAUCAUUUAUCUCCAAAGACGACAACAGUGUAUGAAGAACGAUCUUUUUACAUGUUCUUUGAUUUGGUCAGAAACACCAUAUGCAGCAACAAACUUUCCUGAGUUUUAUUUAGAAAUAAUUGUAGAUAAAAGAGAUAGCAGAACAUAGAUUUCUUCAUGACAUUAAAGAGUUGCAUGAGCACCUACCAAAAGAAAAUUGAUUUUAUUACUACAAUUAAAUACACAAAGAGUUGUCUUUUUCAAGACAAAGUCUUAGAAUAAGAAUAUAAAAGUGGUCCAGAUUGUCCUUUGAGGUUUAAGUGGAUAGUAUUUAAAUCCAUUAGCAGGGUUGGUUUUUUUUUUGUUUUUUUGUUUUUGUUUUUUUUAAGAAGACCAUGGCUUUCCAUUUUAGAAAAACAGCAGGAUUGAAAUGAUAUAACCAGUGGAAUUUGCAAAAGAAAAUAUUAAAAAAUUGUGAGGCACUAGUCAUGUCACUUGAAAAGAGGGGAUGUGACAGUAUUCUAUUUGAGGUUAUGUAAUCCUUUCACUCAGGGCUUGGUGACCGCAGUUUGUAAAAAGUCAUUGAAUAUCCCCCAAACUGAACUUUAUUUUUUUUUAAACACCACCACCUAAGUAUUUAUUGGUCACAUUACUUAAGUCCAAAAGUAAAGUGGUCUUUGGAUAGGAUUUGAUCUGAGUUCUAGCUGUUUUUCUGUAAUUUUCCAUUCUAAAGAAUCACUAAAGCAAGAAUCUGGUCAAAUCCAAACUGAACUUUAUUAAGCAGUAACAAAUGCCUCUCUUCUCAAUCCUCAGUAAUGCCAUGGAGUUUUUAGAGUCAAGAGAAAAGCCUAUAGUUUUGUACCUGGGGAAAAAUGUAUAUGUGUAGAAUUUGUAAACUCUUAAGCAAUUGAUCCUUUUACCUACUAGUUUUUGACUUCAUAAAUAUUUUUAAAUUGAGAUAUUUUAUGGAUUCUGGAAGACUUACAUCUUAGUGCAGUGCAGGUUCCAUAGAAAGCUCAGCUGAUUCAUUCUGCCUUACCUUGCAUUUAGGACCCCAGGGGCAAUAGAUUACCUUUUUUUUUUCUCCAACGAAACUAUGCCUGACUUGGUAAUUGAAGGCAUUAAUGACAUUAGAGACUGUCAGCAACAGGAAAAAGUGAUUUUUAAUCCACAGAAGCAGUAAAGGGCAAAACUUUGAUAUGACAUGAUUCAUUCAAACACUCUUCAUCUGAUAUUAUGUAGAAAAGUACCAGCUGGAAUAUCCAGGUAGAAUGCCAGUCAUUGUGGUUGCCCAGAAUAUCACAAUGUGUACUCAUAACCAGCCUCUUGAGCAACCUGGUAUGUGAAAGGGCUACAAAGUCUUAUUUAUCUUAAGGAAGAGCCACAGUUUCAUCGAUGUCUUCUAAUCAGAGCUGUUAGUACAUGCAAGAACUCAGAAAUGAAUAUACCAUAGCAGAUGAUGUUUAUUAUUAAUAACCAGUGGAUGAUGUAUUGGCUUCCUUGUGUUGUUUCACUUUCAAGCCAGUGACUCUUCCAUCAAAACUAGAUUUGGCUUGUGAAAUCUGAAAAACAUCGCUCAUGGGGCAAGUGCCUUGAUUGUUAAUAUUCAAAGUACUGUACAGAGUAGCCUUUUAAACUACUAACAGCUUGUAUUUUGUCAGGCAACUUUCAGUAAACCAGGUAUUAUUUUCCUUUGACAGAAACCUGCCUCUUAAUUUUUCAUGUUUCAUGCCAUUAAAGAAUAUUACAAGAUUGUAAUGAGAAACAGCUAUGCUUGUUUUGAAAGCUAUCUCUCUUCUGUCACUUGACUUUUCAUUGUAGAGUUUUUAGACGUGAAAACAGUUUGCUGCUCAGUAGUCAGACAUAAAAAUAAAUUGUAGGUUACAUGAUGUGCAAUUUUUAUGUGUAAUAAAACCGGUGCUAAGUCAUUUCUAUAUAACAUUUUUGUCUUGUUUGUUAAAUCAUCCUGGGACUUAGAAGAAAGUAAAAAUACUGGUUUUAUGUUUACAUUCUGUAUAACCCUAGAUUUUUAUAUGUCUUAUGGUGAUAUAUUCUAAAUUCGAGCCAACUUUUUUGAUGUGUAGGCCUUAAAUGAGGAAGAUGACAUCCUGUACUUUUUAAUUGAUUGGCUUAGGAGCAAAACAGAACUAAAAUAUUAUAACCACCUUCUUAAUUAAAGGUGUUAUUCUUUGUUUUGCUAAGUGGUGCAAAAGUAUUUUCUCGCAUCUUCUUUUAUGUCCUAUUCUAUGUCCCUGUGCCCUAAAGUUCAUAGGGAUGUGAACUUUAAACUUUGUGUUUUAAGUAGGUAUUUUCAUGUAUGGGCUGCUGGUAGUAAUGUAAAAAAGCUAAAAAUAUGUCAAUGUGUUUUCAAUGUGUUUAAAUUUCUCAGGUAGAAAGCCAUGUAACCUGGUAAUUUUGAAAAUAAGAACCAAAUAAACAUAUUUUUACUUGUUGCAAA